CACCAAGUUUUUUUUUUAAAAAAACGAUGGGUUUUGAACUGUAACGCGAAAAAUAAGUAUUUUACAGGAAGAGAAAGCAUUUGAAGAAUAAAAGGAUACGAUUUUUGUGCGAACUUUCAGGUGGGGAACCGGAUAGUUUGAUAUUCAUGAUCUCACAACACCUAAAACAAACUGCUAAGCGUGAUUCUAUCCGUCGUUAUCACGCCAGGAUUAUACCUAUCUGUUUAAUACAUCAUCUCUAUAAAUACCAUACACUCUGCUCAGUCUUUUAACCUUCUUAUCCAACAAUAUAUCAAUUACCGUAAGGGAGAGAGUUUAGAUCUUGCUUAGAAAGAAUGGAGGUUGAUCUGUCACCAAAAUUGUGCAAGAAGGUGUAUGGAGGAGAUGGUGGGUCUUAUUAUGCGUGGAGCCCAGCUGAGCUUGCCAUGCUAAAAGAAGGGAACAUAGGUGCAGCCAAGCUGGCCCUUGAAAAGAAUGGUUUUGCUCUUCCUCGUUACUCUGAUUCUGCCAAGGUUGCCUAUGUUCUUCAAGGGAAUGGGGUAGCUGGUAUUGUUCUUCCUGAGAAAGAAGAGAAUGUUGUUGCCCUUAAGAAGGGUGAUGCUAUUGCUCUUCCUUUCGGUGUCGUUACAUGGUGGUAUAACAAAGAGGACACUGAACUUGUAGUUCUCUUCCUGGGUGACACCUCUACAGCCCACAAAACUGGUGAAUUCACCGAUUUCUUUUUGACUGGCUCCAAUGGCAUUUUCACUGGCUUCUCUUCUGAGUUCGUGAGCCGAGCAUGGGAUGUGGAUGAUAAGGCUGUGAAGACCCUAGUUGGAAACCAGACAGCCAAAGGCAUUGUCAAGCUUGAUGGAUCCUUUAAGAUGCCUGAACCCAAAAAGGAAAGCCGUGAGGGCUUUGUAUACAACUGUGAGGAAGCUCCACUAGAUGUUGAUAUUAAGGAUGGUGGAAAGGUUGUCCUUUUGAACACCAAGAACCUUCCUUUGGUUGCCGAGGUUGGGCUUGGUGCUGAUCUUGUUAGACUGGAUGGAAAAGCCAUGUGCUCUCCUGGUUUUUCUUGUGACUCUGCUUUACAAGUGACAUACAUUGUCAGUGGUAGUGGCCGUGUUCAAGUUGUUGGGGUCGAUGGCCGCAGGGUCUUGGAAACAACCGUCAAGGCAGGUCAUUUGUUCAUUGUUCCUAGGUUCUUUGUUGUUUCAAAGAUUUGUGAUCCAGAUGGGAUGUCAUGGUUCUCCAUCAUCACCACUCCCAAUCCUAUAUUCACUCAUUUGGCUGGAAGGACUUCUGUGUGGAAGGCUCUAUCUCCUCAAGUGCUAGAGGCGUCUCUCAAAGUAUCUCCUGAUGAUGAGCAGCUUUUCCGCUCCAAGAGAAUGAAUGAGGAAAUUUUCUUCCCACCUCCAAAAUGAAGAGGAUGCAUAGCUUCAUUCUCUCACACACUGUCGUGGCAAUAAGAGUUUUGAAGAGUCCUUAUGAAUAAUAUAUCCCUUUCAUUAUCUCCUCCGUCGGUGGAUCUUGGCAAUUGUUGUCUUUAAUUUUAGACAUUGACAUAAACGGCUGUUAGACUUCUCUCGUGUUCUUAUCAUUUUGUGCUCUGGGGUUUUUUUUCCAUCGAUUAUACUUCUUGCUAGCCCAUAUGUAACCCCUAAAAACAAAAAGUUCUGUAGCGAGUUAUGAAUCUAACAACCAAAAAUAGCGUGGUUUUUUAUCA